ACCGCAUUUGACUUCACUUCACCAAACGCACAACAAUAUCGGUCAUGUCCAACUUCAUUUCCGGAAUAAAUGCCCGCUUCCGAGGCUCCUCGGGCCGUACCGAGAGGAGUCCCGGCCCGGCUGAGGGACCCCUCCUGCCGCCUCCCGCAUCCUCAUCACCAGCGGCAACGCCUACGCCUGCAGGCGCUGUUGCAUCGGGGCCCCUGCCUUUUGAUGGACCUGUGUCCAGCUGGCCACGGCCUCUGCCUGCCUGGCUGAGUCGCGCUUGUGCGAAGCACAUUGUCAAGGGUAAUUUCAUGACGCUCAGCGCGAGGCCCAAGACAGUUGACCAGGGCGAGUGGAUAGCUCAUCAGGUUGUCGAGCACUAUAGGGUGCUGUGGAACUUUGUACGCGUGGUGGUUGAGAAGGAUGAGGAUGGCACAUCAAUUUGCAACCGUCAAAGCUGCCCCAAAAUGUCAGCUGGAAGCAGCACCUCAUACACCUGGCUGAACAGCCGUCACGAGCCAGUUGAGCUACCUGCAUACGAGUAUAUGACACUUAUGCAGCGCUGGAUCUCAGGCAAGAUUGAUGACACAAACCUCUUCCCGUCAGACCCAGCUGGUGUGUCCUCAGCACCCUAUGCUGAUGCUGCCAACCCCGAGGCCAAUGGUGCCGACGAAUACAUUGGAAAGCGGAGUGGGUUCCCGAAAGAGUUCCCUGGCAUCUGCCGCACCAUCUUCCUACAGAUGUUCCGCGUCUACGCUCAUCUGUACUGGGACCACUUCCUCGACCCAUUCUAUCAGCUGAACCUGGAGAAGCAACUCAACAGCUGCUUCAGUCACUUUGUCUUGACGGCAACGACGCUGGACCUGCUGAGGCCGGAGGAUCUCGAGCCUAUGAAGCCACUCGUGGACAUGUGGGCUGCUGACGGCACGCUACCGCCGGAAAGCAAGGCUUAUGGGUUUGCAGACUUGAAGCAGGGCAAGGAGCUCGUGGACCUCAGUGCUGCUGCAGCAUAAUUCUGCGGGUUUGGAAACUGAUUGCGGACGUGGUGCAUUUGCAGGGCCGGCAGGAGCGGCAGACUAGCUUGGAUACCUCUAAACCACCACAUAGAACCCACUCCUCGCAUCGACAAUGGGCUGAAGCCAUGUGAUGGCUCGCAACUGCGCCGAAAGAGACGGAGGCUGUGAGCAUUCCGAGCUCUCCGUGGAGGAGCCUGGCAUGGUAUGCUCGUGAGACACCAGGGCCUCUGGCAAAUACUCCGUUGUUGCCGGCUAGAACAGCAGAAAAUCAAACAAUGUCUACACAAACCUACGUGAAGCUAGGUUGGGAACUCGUCCUUGAUACAAAACGUCAAUACGAAGAUACGCCAAUAUUUCCUGGGUUUAACA